AUGGAUUCACAACAUAAGAUAAAUUCUACCCCAGGUGGUGAACUGGCUAAGCCAGGGAAUCCACUCUCCGAGGAGACAGGCCCCACGGAUUCUGGGGGGGGCCAGCCAUCAAUCGUUCCCACAACGGUAAUCACCGUAAACUCGAAAAAGAACACGGACAAUGGAAAAUCUGGAGACAACACGAUAACGCGCGCACAAGCUGAAGCGAAGUAUACCAAACUCUUGGGAGACACGCAGACUCAUCUGGAAGCACUGGAAGCAGCAGUCCAAGCUGCGUCCAACACGAAACUGGACAUCAAAAAUGGAAUUAGGGCCCUAGGCAUAUGCUUCAGGGAAUUCCAGAACAGUGCAAGAAUGAUUGGGAUGACCCGAAAUCCGGAUGCUACUGAACUUCGUGUUCGGAACUUGCAGCAUCAGCAGCAAACCCAGCACGCGCAAACCACGAAGCUGAUCAACACAAUACGCGAAGAGCAACUGCAGCAUCAACAGAGCAUACUGCAGAAAAUUGAAGAGCUGACCCAAAAGCAGCAAGUUGUAGAUCACGGUGACGAUAUGCAGGGUUCUCAAGAUAGGUUUAACAGCCAGGACGAACGGCUUGCAUGUCAAGAUCGCAAAUUGGACAAAAUAAUUUCUGACCUGGACCGAACACUUCGCCCACCGGCUGACAUGCCACAACAACGGCAGCAUCAGCAGCAGCCCGAGAAGCACCCUAAACAGGCAACCCUGCCCGUAAAACGGAAAAAACGGCAACCAAGUCAACAGGUACAACUGGAGAAGGACCAGGAACACCAUCAGGAGCAGGAGCAGGGACAAGAACGGGAUCAGCCCCAAUCGCAGCAGCAGCCCACGUGGAGUCAGGUGGUUGGAAGAACCCGCAAGAAGAAUCCUCGCCCUCAAGCUCCAAGGGCGCAGCCCUCGUCGGCAGAUAAAAUCGCCUUGCUUAGGCGCAGGGCUCCAAAAACGGCCGCGGUCAUUAUUGACAGUCCGGUCGAUGGAGGUUCACUUGCCACUCUUAUGAAGAAGGUAGCCGGAGCAAUUGACCUCAAAUCCCUUGGAGUCAAUGUACUCACCACGAGGAAAACUAGGACCGGGGGAAUUCUACUCGAAGUUGUAGGGGCUGACAAAGCCGAUCUCCUAGCUGAUAAGAUCCGGGCAGUGUCCGGUGAUUCAGCCAGGGUUAGGCUCCCGGUACCCCGGACCCCUGUCCUGUUACUUGGCAUCCCGGAGUGGGCCGAGGCUGAUGAGGUGGCUGACGUACUUGCGCGCUUAGGAAUUCCUGACGUCGCAGCCGACGAAGUUAAAAUCUGGAGGAAUACUGGCGGCCGAGCUGAACUCGUGGCUAGCUUGAGCCUACCUCUCAAGGACGCCAUCGCGUUGGCGGAGAGUAAGGCAGUCGUCGUAGGGUGGACGAAAUGCAGGGUCAAGUUGCUGGACAAACGCCAACCCACCUGCUAUAGAUGCCAGCAGAAAGGCCAUCUUGCUGCUGAGUGCCAGAACGAGUCGAAGGCGCGACGCUGCCACAGGUGCCAAGGGGAAGACCAUCUUGUCAGUGCUUGCACGCGCAAACAACAGCAGAAGCAGCCUGCUAAGACCAGGGAUCCCCAGUCUCCAGCGUCGAACCGCGGAGAGACGGAUUCGUCGGCUGAACCGCCGGUAGAGAACUCCGAGAGUCCCAAAUGA